GUAAGUGCACAAGGGUGCCUACCAAAGCAGCUCUCACACACACACACACACACACACACACACACACACACACACACACACACACACACACACACACACACACACACACACACACACACACACACACACACACACACACACACACACACACACACACACGCACACAGGUAGCUUGUGAGGAGAAAAGAGUCUCACAACCAAGUUUCCAGGUGGGUCGUCAGAGGUUUCCCAAGCCGAGUCUACAACAGUGUAAUGGGUUGCCCAGACGGGAGGCUUUUCCUCUGAUCCUGCAAAGAGGUUGGCGUAUUCCUGCAACGAGAACUAGUCCUCACAUUGAGAGACCCUGGGCAUGGAGAAGCUGACAGAGAAAGAGAAGGAGCUGAUCCGAGUCAGCUGGGAGAGUCUUGGCAAGAACAAAGUUCCACAUGGAGUCAUCAUGUUCUCCAGACUGUUUGAACUAGAGCCUGCACUCCUCAACCUCUUUCACUACAACACAAACUGUGGCACCAUACAAGACUGCCUCUCCAGCCCUGAGUUCCUGGACCAUGUCACAAAGGUAAUGUUGGUGAUCGAUGCAGCAGUCAGUCACCUGGACAACCUCCAUACCUUGGAGGAUUUUCUGCUCAACCUGGGGAAGAAGCACCAGGCAGUCGGGGUUAACACCCAGUCCUUCGCUGUGGUGGGGGAGUCCCUUCUCUACAUGUUGCAGUGCAGUCUGGGUCAGGGGUACACAGCCCCGCUGCGUCAGGCCUGGCUCAACAUGUACACCAUUGUAGUGGCGGCCAUGAGCAGAGGAUGGGCCAAGAACGGAGAACACAAGACUGACUGAAACAUACGCUUGGGGUCUGCUACCAGUUUCUGUCUAAUCACCCUCAUGGUUGCAAUGGAGUAAGGUUGUAUAACUCACAGCAUAAAGGUUUGAUUGCUGUAUAUGGUGAACGAAUGGCGUUAUCACACUUGACACAACAAAUAAUGGUCGAAUCACCUGGUGUUCAGAGUUAACUGUUUUUGCCGUGGAUGUUGUAGCUGCCAGAGUGCUGCUAUAACAUUGUGGGGAUGUUAUGGGUCAACCAGCCUUUGGUCUGCAGUUUGAGUUCCUCAUAUUAGAGGAAGCAUAGGGUUAAAUUAAGGUAAUAACUGAAAUUGCUCUGUAAAUAAUGCCUUGAUGUAUCUACUCAAAUAAUUACAUUGAUUGUGGUGUUUUUUGUGAUGUAUCUUAGUCACACAAUUGUCAAACACUGGCUAUAUUGGCUGCAUUACUUGGCUGGAAUGGGCAGCUACAAUAUGGGCCCUCUCCCAAAUCAACCAGUGAUAUAGAAACAUUGAUCACAAAAGUACAGUAUGUCCAAGAUUAUUGUUUAGAGUGAUUGUCAUGAUUCUAUAUUUAUAUCUUUGAGUUAGGCUAGGGACCUGAUAAUGGCACAUACUAAUGCUCUCCUUUCUUUGUGUGUGUCCAUGACCUGGAGUGUAACAAUCCUUAGAGGUGAACUUGAUUCUUAAAGCCAUUGGUAUUAUUAACAAACACAUUACUUUUGAUGAUGCUCAAUAGAAAAUGACAAGAACUGUUCAUGUAUUCUAAAGCUUUUCUAUGUGAUCUCUAUGACUGUUAGGGUGUCCAUGUGCACCUUUGUCUGAAAUGUGUAUGUGGCACUCUCCUCUCCUCUGACAGUAGAGGUUGUAAAGCUCUCGUUGCCGUAUGCGUAUUACCAUAAUAUUUCAAUAGGCUUCAACUGACUGUUACUUAUUCUAAAAUAAAUGGUUAUUCUCCUCUGACGUUCUAGCUAAUUGAUGUAAUGGAACUCAACAGUAGAUUAUUUGCUUGAGGGUCUUUGGGCUUGACUUAGUUUAGGCUCAUUCAGUUUUCACUAAUUGUAAAUGUAAAGUGGUGUUGAACCACAUACUCUAUCUAUAUAUUGUAAAUACUGCUAUCAUAUGUUGUAAACGGGCCAGAAAUAUAGUAGUAAUCUAUUUAGGCUUUUUGGACCCAAUAGGUAAUUGACAAUUGGGUUGGCAGGGUAGCCUAGUAGUUAGAGCGUUGGACUAAUAACCGAGAAGUUGCAGGUUCAGAUCCCGAGCUGACAAUGUACAAAUCUGUCGUUCUGCCACUGAACAGGCAGUUAACCCACUGUUCCUAGGCUGUCAUUGAAAAGAAGAAUGUGUUCUUAACUUGCCUAGUUAAAUAAAGGUAAAAAAAAACAAAGCCAGGAUUUAUUCAGACAUUUUUUCUUCCCUAUUUAGCUCAUAGUUAAGAGCUUGAAGUAUCUUUCUGUGGACAACCGUAAAGCAUAUAUUGAUAAACAAAUUUCACUACAUCCAACCUGAAAUAGUAAGCAAUGAUAGUUAGAGAUGACAGUUAGAGAUGAUAGUUAGAGAUGACAGAGAUGAUAGUUAGAGAUGAUAGAGAUGAUAGUUAGAGAUGUGUACGUCCUUUUUACUGCUAUGAACACAUUUACCUAUAUGCUUCUAUACAGUGUGUAUCAUUCGUUAUCUUCCUGUACAUUGAAAGUCACAAUGCCAAGUAGCUAUAAUACACCAAGUAUUUGAUAAUAACACUACAUUACUAUAUCUCCAAUCUGCUGAUAUGUGGUGAAUAUUGCUUCAGUCUGAGAUUACUUUUAUACAAUGUAUUUUUGUAUUUUCAAGUGUUUUACGUAUGUGAAUGACUAUAUGCCAUUGCAAACACAGUUGUUCCCAAACUGUUACGUUAACCACAACAUUUAUGUCAAAUCAAUGUAUUUUUCUUUUAAUUUGUAGCACAAGGCUGUUAAGCAUUUUAAGUAUUGAUGAGUGAGCUUUUAUCCUUAAGUCAUGAUAAAUGUAAGAGAGACAUUUCUCCUCCAUCAGUAUAAUUGCCAUAUUAUCAAUGUGUGAUCCCUACAAGGAUGUCUGUUGGCAUUGAAUACACAACCAUUUCAUUACCAUGUCUAAAGGAGAUCUCACUUUAUCUUUCCUUUCAAUCACCUGUGAGCUUUAUUUUCAGGCCAUGGCAGCACUACGAAUUCAGAUUUGCUCAUCUCUCCCGCUUUCCAACUAGCAUAAUGAGUUUCCCUUACCAGAUUAACCCUUCUCCUGAAUCAAAAAGCAUUAUCAAUAGAGAGUCUACAUUGAACAUGCUUUUUAGUCCAAGAAUAAGCUUCAUCUGAGUCUAGGAAACCAGACCUAUGAGUUGAACACAUUUUUUAAUAUGUCUAUACAUGGCACUAGGCAGAUUGCAGUGUGUAUUGUCUCGAUUUCAAAGAUCUGAGAGUAGGCCUGUUUUGUGUGUGUGUGUGUGAAUUGCAUUGGUACAUUUAAAUAACAUGAUAUUCUGUUUAUGAGUGUCUCAAUGUCUACCUCGUCAACUCAGCUGCGAACAGCAAUGAUUUCAACUAUCCUUUAACCAAAAACACGUGACACUUAAUGCAAAUACAUACUCCCUCAACCAAACAGCUCGUAAAAUGGACCCCAUCCUGUACUUAUGUAAUGUGUUGUGUGCUUACUCAAUUAAUAGUAAAUAAAGGUGAUCUUUUGUGG